CCGCUGAUCGCUUCCAACCUUCAUCCGCCAUGUCGGUUGAACUCUGUGACUCUGACGACGACGUGGUCGCCACUGCGGACGCGCCCGCGCCGCAAAAACCGUCCGCCCCGGUGCCGGCGAAGGCCAGCGCUGCACCGGCGAAGGCGGAGAAGAAGCGGAGCAGAGAGGCGGCGCCGCCGUUGCCCUAUGGAUGGAUUCGGAAGGAAUCCAAAUCCAAGAAGGGAGCGUAUUACUAUGCCAACAUCUUGACAGGAAAGACACAAGUUGAACGCCCUGGGCCAAAGAUUGCUCGGAGUCGCCCUGCAGGAAAGGAGCCUGAGGUGGCAAAGCCGCUGGCCACGGAAGUGGUGCAACAGAGGCAAGCCGAAUACGAAGCUGCUGAAGCAGAGCUAGAAGCAGCCAAACGCCAGGCCGCUGAAAGGCGAGCGGCACAGAAGGCCAUGGUGGAUGAUGCCCAUGCCGAAUCCGCUGAGGAGAAUGGCUCCGAAGAAGAUGCGGUCACUGGGGAGGACUUUGCCAAGUGGAAAGCACAAGAGGAACAGCGCGAAAAGCGGGAGGUUCAGUUGAAGAACUGGCCAGCGAGUAGCGAGUUACCUCCCGUGCCUGUUGUCUCAGAGCCGGUCUUGGAUGUGUUGAAGGAGAGAAUGCGCAGGGCGACAUGGAAAUCUUCAAUGGAUUGGUGUGGAAAAAAUAUGAAAAAACGCCGGAAACCACAGAUUUUCCUGUAA